UUUAUACACAGUUACCGUUCCCAACGAAUUCCACAACAAUGGCGAGACUGGUAAAAUAAAAACAUUUCAUUUCAUUUGUAAUCCACUUCCAUCGUCUAAUCCCUUUCUACAAACAUAUUUUUCAUUAUGGUUAUUUAUUAUGCAACCUUUAUACUUCAUGAUUUAAAAACAAAAUGUAAAUACAUAUUCCAUUCAUAAAAGAUUUUCGCCGGUAGCUGUGACUUCUCUUAUUCUUAUUAACCGUUUGUCUUGUGACCGGCGCAAUUCUGGAAGUUUCUUAUGGGCUGGAAAAUUAAAUGCAGAAUAUGGGGACUUAUUCAUAAUAGUAAGGUAUCGAAAAGUGUUACGGAAACAUGAAACCCUAUGAUCAGCUGAAUUACCUCCUACAUUGGCAAAAACAAAAAUACUUCUCAAUAAUAAUAAUUAUUCAUAAGUUUUAAGUUUUAACAACUCCACUGACACUGGGUCCACUUUUCUUACUUCUUUUUUCUUCAGUGUAGACUAGGGUGACCAAAUCAUGAACUGGAAAAAACGUUACACACCCAAGGAGGGAGAGGGGGGUACUCUCCAGCAAAGAGGGGUCUGGGGGCCUCUGCCGCAAAAUGUGUAUUGAAAUAUAUUCAUUUAAACUAUUUUGAUACCUAGAGCCUAGAAAUCUUUUUACCAUCUUUUUAAAUUUACCUUCACUUUGUAAUUUAAUUUAAACUCCGAGGCAUAUCAAAAACGAAAACAAUAAUUCUACAGUGAAUACUUAUUUAUACAUAUUUUACUUUUACAACAUAAUACAACACAACAAAUUAAAUUUCUCUAUUCUAGGAUUUAAAUCGAGUUAAUUGAGGAUGUUUGGCUGUUGUCCCAGCCAGUGGCGUAGCUAGGGUUGGUGUCACCCGGUGUGGUAAACUCAUGGUGUCACCCCCCAACCCCCCAAAAAAUAAAUUUGAAAAAAUAACCCUUCCAUGAUGGAUUUCUUCUUGUGAAAAUAAGUCCACAGUUUAAUAACAAAAACAUAAAGUGUUACAAUUUUUAAAUACGUUGACCUCAAUGUAAAGCCCCAUUUCUCCGAAUUCAGAUAAAUAUAGCAUCUUGUCACUUACGCAAGUUACAGAAAAUUCAAUUGUAGUGGAAUAAUGACUGUGUUUCUAACCUAAACAUAGGGUCAUCUCAUUUCUGAUGCAUGAACCUUGAACUUUUAAUAAAGCACACAUUUGGAUUGGUUACAUUUGUAAAAAAUGUAUGCCUGAUCUGUUAUCCUUUUAUGUUUCUAGGUUAGACCGAGCUCUGUAAAUAUGCAAAUUUUCAAUCGGGUGUCACCCCUAAAAUGGUGUCACCCGGUGCGGUCCGCGCCCUCGCACCCCCCUCGCUACGCCACUGGUCCCAGCCAUUGUUAAAACCUCCUUCUUAUCUAAUAUGUGAAAAUGUGUUUGGUUUUAGAAACGGGACAUUUAGGUUUCCCGAGAGACUUAUGGUCUAGGCCUGGAUAUGGCAAUCUUUUGGUCUAGGCCUGGAUAUGGCAACCUACAGCAUGCGUGUCUGACUUGAAAUGCAUAGCAAAUUUCAUUGGCACAAAGAGAUCAAAGAAGAAAAAAAAUGUAAAUAAAAAUGAUUAAAAAAUGGUAGACCUAAAUAUGCGUCUAAAAUGGCACACUGAAUGAAUUAGAAGUUUUACUUUCUAUUUAUAUGCUGAUGCUAAAAAAAAAAGGUUGCCGACCCCUGGUCUCGGCUACCAACUACUACUUACUCUAGCUUACUAUUAAUAACCACUUUUUAUUACAAGUUUCAAUGAGUUCAGUGACUUAUUUCGCUACUUUCUGUUUUUGUCAGGAUUAAGAUGUUGCUUAGUAAUUCGCCUACAUUUGAAGCUAAGAGUAAGGCAAACUAGGCCCUGUUAAAUAACUAAUUAGGCCUAGUCAUUAAUCAUUAUACAUACAAAUUACUCAUCUGUCCACUGCAACCACUGAAUUAGUGUCACUAGACUAAGUAAGAUUAAGAAGUCCUGGGCCUAUGCCUAUACAAUUAUUUUAGUAUAUAUAGUCUAGACCUAGUGUUAAGUUAGGCCUCUACUUACUUACAGUCAACUGUAAGUCUAAUAACUUAAGGUUUAAUAAAGUGGAGGUGUUUCAAAGAGCCCUUUCACUCAAGAACUAACAAAACAAAAACAUCUGUAAUUUGUAAUCAUAAUUAGAUAUAUAUCUAGUCUAGACUUAGAAUAUAGAUUUUAAUUUUGGGGAAAGAUUAUCAAUUUUUUAAUAAAUUGAUUAGUAUCUGUGUUGCAAUUUUAUGUGCAACAAUUUAACAUGGGGCUGAAUCACUUUUCCAAAAAAGCUAAUUCUGUAAUAGUGAUUGUUUUUUAUCAUGAUUUGGAUUUUGCCAAGUUAUAUUGCUGUUUGUCUGUAAUGACAGAUUAAGUUAAUAUAAAUUCCAAAAUCGCUAUCUUUGCAUCCUGUUUCAAGCAAUUCAAAAGAUGGAAGAAUUUAUGGCACAUGUCACUAAAUCUCCUAGCAUAUAAUUUCAGACAAAAUAACACUCUGAUAAGUAGCAGGCAUUUACCAUUUUUCCAAGAUUUGUAAUAAAAUGUGUGCAUACAACAUUUCAAAAUUAUUUGUUUAGGGAACAAGGUAACCAAAAAAAUAACAUAAAUUUAUAAUGUGCCCACAAUUAUCUAAAAAUAGGUAAAUAGGUCUAAAAUAUUUAAAUCAUACUACCUAUCCUAAAUAAUCAAAACCCUAAUGCUACUUCAAUAAGGCGAGUGCCUGCAUUUUCCCCUUAUUUUUUACCUUGCAGUAAUCAAGAAUGGAAUAAACAAAUUUUAAGAAAUUGUUAAUAAAACAAAUCCAUCCCAGCCAGUACUGGAUAUCAAUAUUUUAAUGUUAAAAAAUCCUCCAUUCCUUCCUGCUACUUUGUUAAUGAUAUACACCCAUUCUUUGUUUUAUUGCUAUAAAACUUUUAAGCUAAAAAUUUUUAGCAAGUAACCUUGGUUAGACCUAAUUAACGAAACACUAUUAACAUGAGCUGGAGGUGUGUGUCAAAAUCAAAUAAAGAAAAGGACACUUCUUUUGGUUUUAUUUUGAAAUAUAGGUACAAUUACAAACAAUUUUGAAAUCUCCCAAAUGGUGUGUUACAUGAGUCAUCUUAACACAUUUUCUUAUUUUUCUAUCAUUUUAGAAUGCACCAAUCAUCCUCCUGAAAGAAGGAACUGAUACAUCUCAGGGUAAACCUCAGAUCCUCAGUAACAUAAAUGCAUGUAUGACUAUUGCUGAUGCUGUGAGAACUACACUGGGUCCUAGGGGGAUGGACAAAUUAAUUAUUGAUGAUAAAGGUCAGUAAUUUAUAGUUUGUAACCCUAUAAUUACUGUGAAUUGCAUUUUUCAGUAGUGUCAAGCCAUUUUUAGCAUUUUCAUAUGCUUGUAAAAAAUUUAAAAAUCCCAUACUGAAUGAAUUCAGUUACCAUUUCAAGAAUACAUGUUCUGAACGUACAUUGAACAAUUUAUUUUAUGGUAUGAAAAGAAUUUGAUUUUAUAUACUUAAUGUUGAUUUUGAUAAUGACUUUACAGAGUGAGUAAAAUUUUACUACAGUACUCGUCUGGAUUCAACCUAACCUAUACUCCGUAAAUUAUACAUUUUUCUUCCAAUAAUAAAAUCAUGUUUUUGGCAUGCUAGAAGUAUUAUCCUUUCAUAAAAUUGUCAAGUUAUAUGUACUGGUACUUUUAUUGAAAAUUAUACAAAAUACAAGGGGGAAGGCACGAAUUGAGUUCAAAUAUUACUUUUGAAAUGAAGUUAUUGAAUCCAUUUUUAUUAGGGGUGUGCCGGAUCCGUUUUUUCCAACCGGAUCCGGAUUUUCUUAUGCGAAAUCCGCCGGAUCCGGAUUCCGGUUUCUCCCGGAUUCCGGAUUUUGGUACUAUUGGUAGAUACUUCGGUAAGUCAAGGUGGACUACUACUUUUUGUGUAUGGGAAUUCGCAAUCGGCGCCAAAAAAUCCGAGUUUUUAAUUUUCCGAUGUGUGUGUCUAUUUAUUAUUAAAUUAGUACUUUCGAUAUAUAUUUGAGUUCCGUUCCAUUUGGAUAAGUGUCUUACGAGAGACGCCAUGUUUCUACGCGUUCGCAGCAGGUUAUGCAGCUCGCUCAACCUAAUUUCGCCAUGGGGUUGGCCACGCCCCCCUUUUUAAUGGCGGAAGUUGACGAUACUUAGGAAAUAUUAAUUUAUUAUCACUAUUUACAUCAAAAUAAUUGAUAACUUGUGUUUCAGAAUGCAUUUAAAGACAUUUAAACUGGAAUGUUUUAAUUUGAGCUUUAACAACCCGGUAGAAUCCAUAUUAUAAAUGAUCAGAAUUUACCGUGUGCAACACGUUGUCAUUGGCAACCAUUCACAGCCACUUGCAUAACUGUAUCGUAGUACUACCUCAGAGUUUCAUUCAUAAGAGUUUGCCGUGUGCAAAAACUAUUAAACCAUUGGUCAGGGAAAGCUUUAAUUAAUUAUUCAUGUGCCAAAGUUGAAAGUUUAAACUAAGUCUAAACAGUAUUUUAGUGAUAAGGCAGGGAAUGCGUUGCCUUAUAUAAACUAUAUAGUCAUUGCGCAUGACGGGAUUGGUGGAAUGAGAUCACAGAAUGUGGAGAUGCAGUCCAUGUUAAAAAAUGACAAACCAAGUCGUACUUUAAAAAUUCAUAACUUUAAAACUACAACAGCUAAAAAUAUGAUUUUGGUGUUAUAAUUCUUUAAAAAAUUACAUCUUUUCAACUAUGCCAUUGGUUUAUUUUUACAAAAAGUUUAAAUUUUCUUAUCAAAGUCCCUACACUAUUGGCCACUAUUAGUGGUGCUGACUCUAGCCUCUGGUAUGUACGGAAUAUUAAACAUUAAACAAGCUCAACGCUCGAAACAAUCGAUUAAUGUAUCGUGAUCGUGUGAAAUUCGGGAAAGAGAAUUACUUUUAUUUCAGAUUAUGAUCCGGUGAGUCACAAAAUCUGGCAAAUUCCGAAAUCCGGUAUAUUCCGGAAUCCGGUUGUUCCGGAUACAUGUAAAUCCGGCGGAACCGGAUUUCACCGGAUAGUGCAAAAUCCGGCGGAACCGGAUUCCGGACCGGGGUCCGGCACACCCCUAAUUUUUAUUAAUUAAUACUCCCGACCAUACACAAACAAAAUCUUUGAAUCUCUUUAGGGUAGGUCUUUAGGAUCCAAUCGUCUUUUCUUUUUGAUCUCCACCCUUUCUCAAACAAUUUAGUCCGUAACAUUACCACUAAGCUUAGGGCUAAAAUUUUCAAGAUCUGACUAUUUUGUCACCAUCACUGCUAAGGCUAGUCAUUUUUAGCUCAUGGAAUGUUCUAAACUCUGGCUUUAAUUUUAAUCAAUCUGAAAUAAUUCCAAUAGAGAAAGUCUGGUUUGAUUUUGCAAUCUAGAAGUAGGGGCCCUCUUCAAAACAAAUUUCACACCUGAUUAAUCACAAUAAAAGCCCUGAUAAAAGCAUGUUAACACACAUAUAGAAACAUAAAUAGGAAGCAAACUCAGAAAUGCAUUAUAAUGAAGAUUUUGCUAGCGAGCAAUUAUAUCGACCAUGAUACCACAGAAAAGGUUUUAACAGUAAAUGAAUGGUCAUUAUGACAGUUAUAGGAUUAAGUCAACAUAACUAGAUUUAUUAGUUUGUUCCCAUUUAUCCAUUGUCCUUUGUAGGUAUUACUAUGUUCCUUUGGAUUAAUUUUUUAAGAUAUAUAUUUUAAAGUACAUUUUUUAAUAUGUCAUGUGAACUAAUAAUAUUAAUGUCCUAAAAUGAAAUGAUCUUUUGAUGACUCAUGGUUUCUUUAAUAAUCCUAAGGUUGUAUCUUGAGUUGAAAAUAUUGAUUUUUUGGCUAAUAGAUGACAAAUUGAUUUUUUAUUAUGCAUCCCAAAAUUCACUCCCUCUUGCUCUUAAGUAAAUGUUUUAUUUAGAAAGUCUUUGGAAAAUAAAAUAUUUUUUUAGAAAUGGCAGCAUGCAUUGUUAUUAUGGCCCACAAAUUCUAUUUGAAUAAGAAAAGAUUGGAGCAUAUUAUUUAGACAUUUACUAUUGGCUCAUUAAAUGGUUUGACUGGUUGCAAAGUUAAUAAACACCAAAGUCGGUGAUACACUAAAGCUUUUAUUGAGAAAUCCAUAUUGCUAAAGUCACAAAUGAGCUAAAACAGGACAAAUAAAGACCUAAUUACUAGUUAUUAAUGGUUUACCAAAAUAAUUUUUCUUUGAAAAAUAAAAUAGAUCAAAGAAGGAAUAUACUAAAAAAAAGGGAGGUGUAGUGUUAAAUGUUUUAUCAUAAUUUUCAUGAAUUUGAAAUUUCAGGGAAUGUCGUCAUUUCAAAUGAUGGAGCAACUAUAUUGAAAACUUUAGAUAUUAUUCACCCUGCAGCUAAAACCCUUGUAGACAUAGCCAAGUCCCAAGAUUCUGAGGUAUAAAUAGCAUAUAAUUAUUUAAAAAAAAAAUCUUUGGCUUUGAUUGAAUUUCAUUUUAUCUAAUCCUUUUGUUUUCACUCCUGCACAAAAAUAUGUCAUCAAGCUAUGACUAUGCAUAACAGGCUGUAUGUAUCCAUUGUAUUUUAUACAUAUUGCUCAAUAUAAGUACCCAGUAAUAGCAAUAAUAAUGUUUUUUUUCAGGUAGGAGAUGGCACAACAUCAGUCACACUUUUAGCAGGAGAAUUUCUGAAACAGUUCAAACCAUUUAUUGAAGAGGGUGUCCAUCCACAGAUAAUAGUAAGAGCUGUUCGCAAAGCUCUUGCAAUGGUGAGUCAGAUUAAUUAGACACAAACAAAUUGUGUCAAUAGAACAAUAUAAGUUACGCUUUAAUAAUAAUUAUACAUUAUACACAAUUAAACGUUUCGGCACAUGCAUUCAUCAGUAAAAACAAACAAAACACAUUUAAGUAAGUAUAAAUUAAAUUUACAUAAUAUCAAUAUACAUAUCCUACCAAAACAGAAAAAAUAUUGGAGAGGGUGCUAAAACCAGACAAAAACAAAUUAAAGAGGAGUAGAAAGGAAGUGAUUUUAACAUAAUUGUAAAAAACAAACAGGAAAAAGACAUGGCAGCUAAGUGAAACUGUGGAUUUGGUUCAUUCCAUAUGGAGACAACGUACCAAAUCUAGUUAUUAAUUUGUUCUCCAUAUAGAUUCUAUCUGCAGUGUUACUAGUAUAGAGUAUACCAGUAACUGCAAUGUCUGAGAUACCAUCAUGGUUAGGGCUAUUGAAAUGUUUGGAGACCUGACAGAGAGCGGUAAACUAUACAUAGGAGAGACAGGUCGCCGCCUUGGGGACCGUUUCAGAGAGCACCUCUAUAACAUAAAUAAAUAAACACGCUCUCUGUCCCAUCUUUUUCUUUGUCUUCCUCUUCUUCUCCCUCCUCUUGUGGUGCCCUGCAAUAUUUACUACUUUGAGAAAAAAAUCAGUUGUUAAAUGUUCUAAGCAACUUUUUACAAAAAUAGCUUACUGUACUGCAUAAAAAUCAGUUCCUUUUGUGCUGUGUUGAGAGUAUUGCUGUAGGAACAUAUGAACAAAAAAUGCUUAACUCUCGAAAGACGAGAGAUUAAAAAAUAGGUCCUAUUGCAUAGUUAUAUUUAACCAUGUAGAGACAGGUGUGCCAUCGGCCCAAGUCUUAUGGCGAAAAAAACAAAAGGCCGAUUUGGCUGGCUGGCCCAAUAAUAAAAGCCUAGAGAUUUACUGGAUGGUGUUCGUACAAGCUAAUCAGAUUUUUUCUCGUAUUUCUUACUCAUCUGGCCAUUUUAAUGGCGGCUCCCAUUGAUAGUUUAUGGUGUUCUGUCAUUUUAUAUAAAUUUUUUUUUGCUAGAGACCCCUGAAAAUGCUUUAAAAAUAUGUUACCUUGAAAUAUGCCAAAAGGCAUAAGCAGCCCCAAGGGAAUAUUUUAUGCAGUUUUUUUACACCCAAUAAUCUCAUUCAAGUAUUUGUUAGGACUUUUUAGGCUUCAACACUCAUAAAUUGAAAAAAAAACUUCUGCCAGGAAGACGUUGAUUCUAAUUGUAAAACAAAUAGUUGUAUACAUAAAUUAUGCAAAUCAGGAUAUCUCAUAUGAAUAAAUACUUAAAUUUCAGUUCGAUUCAUAAAGAUCAUAUUAGCUCAUUCAAUUCCUUACAAGAAUUUUUUUUUACACAAAAAAAAUAUGCGCAUGACAAUUUGCCAAAAAAAACUUUCUGUUAUUACAAAUUGGUGUUAUCAAUUAAGUGGACUACUAUGUAUGCUGGACGUUUUCAAGCUCCUUUUAUUACCGAUACAAGAUUGUGGUCCAGGAAAUACCUAUACAAUGGACUUUGCAAAUGUGCCUUUAUGACUAAAGACAGAAUCAAGGCCAUAAAUAUAUGGAUGGUGUUAAAUAAAGUUAUCAGCUGAUCAAUAAAUAUCAUGUUCUUAGAAAGACAAAAGAAUUAUUGGAAAACACUUUUUAAUAUUUUUUUUCUAGAUAUAGGUCAACUUAUACUCAAGAAUUUAGACAAAGAAAUCCUGACACUGACACAUAACAGAAAAAUAUGGAAGACCAGUGACUUUUGGUUAGCUAGAAUUUACAGAGUAAGGGAGUAAGGGAACAUAGGACUAUUUGAUGAUGUGCUGGUGCGGUUGCUGUAAAAUCACUGAUUUUUUUAGGCCAUGGGCUGCAACCUGAGUAAGGACCUAUUAGAUCAAUGCUUUAAUUGUGUUACCAAAGAAAUGGUUAAUGGGUCAGAACAAGAGUCAGUUGUGUUGUUUUUUUAUACCCGUACAUAUUUAUAUUUAAUAAAGACAGAAAUUGUUUACAAGAAUUUCAUAAAGAAUGACCUCUUCGAAUGACUAAAUCAUCUGAUAACUGAGUGGUGUAAAAAUAGGAAAUUCCUUUAAAAAAAUAUUUUUUGCAUAACAUUUAUUCAAAAUUCAUUCUAAGAAAUCAUUUUCUAAUCGAUAAUUUGAUGCAUUAUCCUUUUUUUUCUCUUCAUUUUUUAUUUAAAAAAAAAAUAAAUUUUUCUUAUAUAAAAAUUUAUGGAAUAUCUUUACUAACUUUACUAAAAAUAAUUAUUUUUUUGUGUGUCUAUUCACUUAAAAUCUGAAUAUGUUUUGUAGCAUUAAAUAUAUGACAAUAAAAGAUGAAAUUUAUUUCCAUAAAUUGAAACAAGUUUUUUGCUUUGUUAGAAUUUGUGAUGCCCAGUUGUCCAUUAUAUUUUGAACUAAAACCUGUUGUAAAUUGAAGAGCAUUUAAAAUGAUAUACUGGUUGAAUACUUGAAGGUGGCUACACAAUUGUAGCCCUGAGAUCCAUUGAAAAUUGGUUCCGUUAUUCAAGAACAUAAAUAUAAUACAAGAAAAAUCUGCUGUCUUUGAGAGUUAAAUCCUUUAUGCUCUUUUACAGGCACUAAAAAAGAUUGGUGACAUUUCUGUACAUAUCAAGAAAGAUGAUGCAAAGUAAGUUUGAUUAAAUUGAAUUUACUUGAAAUCUAUAUACUGGCAGAAAUAUUUAUGAAAUUAUGUUAUAUAUAGUAACUAAAUUCUCUUUUGUAAUUAAGCAGUUUUUUUUCCAGAAUUGCUUUCUGAACAUUAUUUGUAACUGCCAUAGAUCCUAAAAUAAUGUAAACGUUACACUUGACCAUCUAAAACUAUACUGUACCAGAUCUUGAAACCAACGACAAAAGAAACUAUUCAGGUCUUAAACCCAGCAACCAAAAAAACUAUUCAGGUCUUAGGCAGCCUCUCAUUCACCAUUUUAGUUUGAAUUAAUCCGCAUUGUAAUUCUGUCACCUUGUCUUUGUAACAAGACCCACCCAUCCCCAUCUAUUCAUACCUUGUCAUAUAGCACCUUUUGUAUAAAAUUCACACAUAAUUUUUAAGAGAAAUAGAUUUUCACACUUCUCAUUUACCAAAAAUGGCAGAGUGAAUCAGCUGUUGUGUGUGAUUUAUUUCAUUGCUAUCAAUCAUUUCUCUUACUUAGUAUGAAAAACUUUUACUGCAAAACUAUAUAGCUGCUAUUUUGGAUUUAUUUUUUACAUAGAGUUUAACUUAACUUUUUUACUUUUAAGGCAUUCAAAGUUGCUGCAACAACGGAGAAUUUAAAUAACAACGGAGAAUUUAAAUAUGCUUGUUAUUGUUAAGGAGAGAAUCAACUGAUUUUUUUUGCACCUUAUCAAUGAGUAAAAUUAUGCUCUCCUUUGCCUAGGGAAUUAAGAGAAUUGCUGGAAAAGUGUGCUCUAACAGCUCUAAGUUCUAAAUUGGUUGCAGCUCACAAAGACUUUUUUGCCAUAAUGGUGGUAGACGCUGUCCAGAUGUUAGAUGACUUGCUCCCACUUAAUAUGAUUGGUAUUAAGAAAGUUCAAGGAGGUGCACUGGAGGUAAUGUAUUUGGAAUUUUUAAAAAUAUAAAUAUUUAAAAUGUGUAUUUAUUGUGUGGAGCUGAACACUUAAUAAUCCACACCAUGUAGCUGCUACGCUAGUACAUAGCAAUACCUGUUAAGAAUUUGUGAACAAUCUUUGCAUCGAUGAACAAACAUCAUGAACUUAUUACCUUCCCUCUUAUAUUUUUAUGAUUCGGCUAUAUGUUAAUUAACAGUAACAUUUGAUUACCAUCCAUUUCAAUUAAUUGUUUUUUUUACAUUGAUAAUUGUAGUUCAUUGUAGUUUUGUUAAUUGCAUGCUUCAUCCACCCCACUGUGUAUCUUGACCAUUUCCAUUUUGAAGAACCAGACAUGUCAAAUAAUCCAAUGAAACAUCAAUUAGAGAUGUUUAAUUAUUUCAUUUGUUGUAAUGAACUGACAUGAUUCAUUGAAAAUUUAUCUGUAAGUGUGGUGAGUAAAAGCUGAAACUUGAAUUUGCUGUUCCACUUUUUGCAGCUUACAUCUUUGUUACAGAUAGUUGUAUGAAAGUAUGAUAUUUUUUAUUAAAAAAUUGACAUUUCUUUGAAAAAUGAAGUUAAGAAUUUCUAGUCAGUUUUGUACUAUGUUUGGCUUAAACAUGCAUGUUGAUUUAAUUUCUUUUUGGUAAUAAAGUGCUAUAUAGUUAUAAUUAUAAUGCUUUAAUUAAAAUUGUUUUUAUUUUCAUUAAAAAUACUUAAUCUAUAAUCUUUCUUAUUGUUUUUAAAUUUUAUGCAAAUAAGUAAUAAUCAAUUUUUAAAAAAAUGCUGGCUUUCAUUGUUAUGUUGAUCUCCUACAGGAAUCCUUGCUGGUUGCAGGAGUUGCUUUUAAAAAGACAUUCAGCUAUGCUGGAUUUGAAAUGCAGCCCAAGAAAUAUGAGAAUGUAAAGAUUGCUUUACUAAAUGUAGAACUGGAGCUGAAGGCUGAAAAGGAGAAUGCUGAAGUUCGAGUGGAGUCUGUUCAGGUUGUUUUUUUAUAAUGUUAGCGGAAUAAUAUAUUAGACAACAUAAAGAGCUUAAAUUUUAUUUUGAACUACACCAAUCUGCAAGUUAAGAAUGUAAUAAUUAAACUAUGAAAUUAGAUUAGCAAAAUUUUAAAAUGUUUUAUAAUUGUACCAAAAUAGGAAUACCAGAAUAUUGUUGAUGCUGAGUGGAAAAUCCUUUAUGAAAAACUUGAUAGUAUUCAUCAGUCUGGAGCCAAAGUGGUACUCUCUAAGCUUCCUAUUGGUGAUGUGGCUACACAGUAUUUUGCUGACAGGUCAGUGAAUAUAUCUGUUGAUGUAACUUGAUGCAAGGGUAAUAUAAUGAGUUGAUUUCUUUGUACUGAUAAUGUUGAUUAGCUAUAAUUUAUACUUUCCUAAGUUGUGAAAAUGAGUUUACUAUUCACUGUAGAUGCUUUUAUUUCUUAACGAAGUUACACUUUGAAUUUUUCUCUAGAGAUAUGUUCUGUGCUGGUCGUGUUCCUGAAGAAGACUUAAAGCGCACUAUGAAAGCAUGUGGAGGCUCAAUUCAAACAUCAGUACAGAAUCUCACAAGUGAUGUACUCGGAUUUUGUGCCAGCUUUGAAGAAAAUCAGGUUGGAAGUGAAAGGUAUGUUGUGUAAAUAUUUCUGUAAUUUGCAAUUAAAUACUAUUUGAUAUUUUUUCUGACCAUCUAAUUGCUUUUUUUUAAAACUGUAAUUAAAAUUGCAAAGUUUUUUAUUUUCAAUACCGGUAUAUGUUUAUAUAUUUUUUUGUUUAGGUACAACUUCUUUAAAGGGUGCCCUCAAGCAAAGACUUGCACAAUCAUCUUAAGAGGGGGAUCUGAGCAAUUUAUGGAGGAAACUCAUAGGUCUCUUCAUGAUGCCAUCAUGAUUGUUAGAAGAGCAAUGAAGAAUGACUCUGUUGUUGCAGGUGAUGACCCAUUUGUUGUACACAUUUGAAUAGAUUUAAUAUAAAACCUUACCAUAUUCAGAUCUGUUUACUCUUCUGAUUUUGGCGUACAAUGUACAAUUUUAAGGAUUCUUUAAGAUUGUAUGCCAAGAACUGUUACAACUUCGAUUUUAAGAAACCGUGUUGAAAAUAUAUACAUUCUGGUAGCUUUUCCUACUAAGAAAUAAUUAAAAGUACAUUUUUGGUUGUUAGUUUUAACCUGCUUUCUACCUCCAGCAGUUACUGGAUUAAGAAAAGAAAUAAGAUUGGUUGGGGACCAAUUAUAAUUAUAUAACAUUUGCCCUGAGAUGGGAAGGCAAUGGUGUUGAUUUAGGAGCUUUUGUGUGCGAGGUGGGGUGGGUUCUAAAUAUUUAAGUGUAUAAAAUUAACACUGCCACAUUUUUAUAAGGAUAGAGUGAUUGUCAUAUUGUUGCUUUGUGUGUUUUCAUAAUUUACUCGCUAGGCACGGCAACAGCAUUAUUAGCGUAGUCACCUUAGUGACAAUUUUAGUCAAUCCUCGCUUUUUGUUUUCUUCAGUGCUGCAUGAUGUAGUUUUCUGACAUAAUUUCGUUCUGCUAACCGCGGCGAGUGCAGAAAAGGAAAAACUGGAGAAAGCAUUCUAAACUGUUCCGUUCAGCAACAUUGGAUUUCAACAUAUUUUAUUGGAUCUGAGUGGGCUGUUGAAAUCUAUUUUUAGAAAACAUAAAACGGCUGUACAAUUUUUAAUACCCCUGUUAAGUUCCGACACUCCUCUUCCUUUCUCCCAUUUGCAGCUUGAAAUAGUUAUCAGACAAUAAUAUAUAGCAGGGAAUAGGCUAAAUGGAUAUUGAUUUUUAUAUUUUUUUUUAAACCAGCUUUUCCUAAGUUAUAAAUCUCAAGUUACUUGGUACGUUUUUAAAAUUAUGCCAUCAUUUAAUUAAUUAAUUAUUUCAAUAAAUUUCUUUUUAAGCUGAUCUGAUUUAAGCUGAGUUUGAACCACAUUAAAUUUCACCAACUUUACUUAAUUUUUACUUGUGGAAGACUGUAUAAAAUAUGAUCUGCACCUUCACUAAAUAUAAUUUAAUAUAGCCAAUAUUUGUCUUCAAAACCAAGUGAACGCAGAUUGCAAUGUAAAUGUCUGUCAUCUACUUCUAGAAGUUACCUUUUUUGACGCCAGCUUAACUCGAUCCCACUAGAUACGCGAUGCGAGAAGUUAUAAAAUACUUUUUAAAUACUGUGUUGAUUUAUUGACUAUUACGAUUUUGAGAUGAUAUUGUAUGAUUGUAGUUCAAGGGUAAACAAGUUUCCAUUCAUAUUUACAAAUAACAUUAUUCCCCAGUGGUUAUUUUAUCUCAUUUACAGUUCAUCAGUAACAAUAACUUAAUACAUGAUUUCACAUUCAACCAUUUAUUUCGUAUCAGAGAAUAUCAUAUUUUUCUUCAGUUAAUUGAAGGCAUAUGCCAUCCAACUUAAAUUCUAAAUAAUGAUGAAGAUGUUAAAAUGCCAUUUUAAACAGGUGGUGGUGCUAUUGAAAUGGAAUUAUCCAGUUAUUUGAGAGAACAAUCGAGGACAAUCCAAGGUAAAGAGCAGCUUCUCAUUGCUGCCUAUGCCAAAGCUUUGGAAGUUAUCCCCAGGCAAUUGUGUGAUAAUGCUGGAUUUGAUGCUACAAACAUUUUGAACAAAUUAAGACAAAAGCAUGCAGCAGGUAAGUUGAUAUUUUGUUAUAACUUAUUUUAGUUUCAAAACAUCCUUAAAAAUUUUGUCCUAUUGGAUAUUAUAUCCGCUUUAAGCUAAUUUAAUUUUAAAUAACCUUUGGAUUUGAUUUUAAACUUUUUAGGUUCUAGAUGGGCAGGUGUUAAUAUUCUGCAAGAGGACAUCUCAGACAACUUUGAAGCAUUCGUGUGGGAACCUUCCGUGGUGAAGAUUAAUGCAUUGACGGCAGCUUCAGAAGCCACAUGCCUAAUUUUAUCUGUGGAUGAAACAAUUAAGAAUCCAAGGUCUGCUCAAGAUGCACCCAUGGGGAGGGGUCGAGGAAGACCAAUGUGAUCUUUUGUUUGUUCAUUUUUGUUUUUCAGUUUUACCGUUGUACUUUUUGUGCUGUUCAAUAGCAGCAAUGGAAUGAAUGAUAGUAAAAUGUCCUUCCUUAAGCUCAUUUCUCGUCACCUUUUGUGGUGCUAUGAUACAAAAAUAUCCAGAAUGAUAUUUAUAUGCUUCACACACUCAUUAAAUAGGGAUGGGCAUAUGUCAGAAUCAUUAACAAGAGUGGAUCAAAAUGCUUUUGUGAUAUUUGUAUUUCUGCUUAUUAGUAUUUAACAAUUUUGACUAUGUUCCAUCCACCUAGAUCAGUUUGAAAUUGUUUAUUUUUUUAAUUUAAACAUUUUGUAUUUCAUGUGUGCAUGAUUUUUCAGUAUGAAUUAAAAAAGCUGACUUUUUUUACAUAUG